AACCGUCAACAAGUCUACAGUCUACAACAGAAAUACCUGCGAUAAUGUACAUUCAUUCGGCCAACUCCUCUAUAAAACCGGUUCGAAUUUUUUCACCCCCAUGGAGAACGUGGUUAGACUAACUCGGAGACAUAAUCGAUGUACAGAAGAAUACUAAAGCAACCAUCAUCUUUGUCAGUAUAAUCCGCGUGUGGUCUCGUCCUCUCGUGGUGAACAGACGCUCUUGAAAUAUUCUCGUGAUAGGUAGUGAACUCGUGCUAAAAUUUAAUCAUGCUAUAUUCGGUUAUUUACUCGGUUUUCGUGGUGUCUGUGGCGUUAUGUCAGCGAUCACCUACUAUAUCGUACAUCAGUCAAGAACAAAUUAAAAAUAUCGGCGAGAAUGUUGAUUUAACCUGUACAGUCCAGUACGUCGAUCAGUACCCGGUGCAAUGGACCCAUAUGGGUAAAUCGCGAGAUUCCGAAGGCGUCCCUAUCAGCGUUGGUUCAUCAAUGAUAUUGAAAGAUUCACGAUUUAAGACCUCUUUCGAUCCGGCCAAGUCAAGCUAUACUCUGAGCAUAAAGGAUAUCCAAGAAACUGAUAACGGUUACUACAGGUGUCAGAUAUCUGUCAGUAUUACUCAAAAGGUUAUGGCCGAAGUAGAGUUACAAUUACGUCAACCUCCGAUAAUAUUCGAUAAUUCGACGAGAUCGUUGAUUGUAACCGAAACACAAUCCGUAACGUUGGAAUGCUACGCAGGAGGCCAUCCUCAGCCUACUAUAUCUUGGCGUAGAGACCACAACGCUGUUUUACCCACCGGAGGAUCGAUUUAUCGAGGAAACAAACUACCAAUCAAAUCAGUUAGUAAGGAUCAUCGUGGAACUUACUAUUGUGUUGCUGAUAAUGGAGUUGGUCGUGGUGCUAGAAGAAAUAUCGCCGUUGAGGUACAAUUUGCUCCUGUUGUGACUGCUGCGAGAAAGAGAGUUGGUCAAGCGAUGCAGUAUGAUAUGGAUUUAGAAUGCAAAGUCGAAGCUUAUCCUCCCCCAGCAAUCGUAUGGUACAAAGACGACGUACCUAUCACGAACAACCAACACUACGAAGUAUCCCAUUUUACAACCAGUGAUGAAAUUACGUUUUCUAAAAUUAGAGUAAUCACCGUAGAAAAAAGACAAUACGGAAUAUACGUCUGUAGAGCUGCCAAUAUUCUUGGUCAGUCUGACGAUAAGAUCCAUCUUUUUGAGACUAUCAUACCGAUGUGUCCUCCGGCGUGUGGUCCCAGUAACUAGAUUUUGAUCUCGCCAAUACUGUGAUAGUAGUUUACUCUAAUCGAAUAAUAAUUGCAUUUAUUAGCGUAUUUGUAGUUUACGUGUUUGGAAUUUUAGCGUAAAUAUAUCGUAGCAUAAAUA